AUGCAGAAUUGUAAGGCAAUGGAAGGGAUGAAGCCUGCGACGGUUAUGGUGGUGGUUCAGACUCUAUUUGCCGGAAUGAAUGUAUUAUACAAGUUAGCCGCUGUUGACGGAAUAGAUUUCAGAGUUCUUGUUGCCUACCGCAUGAUGUUUGCUGCUGUCUUCAUGACUCCCUUUGCUCUCGUUUUCGAAAUAAGGAAAAGCUGGACAAAACUUACAAGGACUGUACUAUUGCAAUCUUUUCUAACUGGGUUGUUUGGGGGUACAGUAGCACAAAAUUUUUAUACUGAGAGCCUAGCCAAAACAUCGGCAACUUAUACAGUAGCCAUAUUUAACCUAGUCCCAGCUAUUACUUUUAUCCUUUCCACUCUUUUGAGAAUGGAGAAAUUGGCACUACGAACUAAUGCCGGGAAAGCUAAAGUGGUGGGAACAAUUUUGGGGAUUGGAGGGGCUAUGGUUUUCACCUUCUACAAAGGCUUUAAUAUUAACAUAUGGUCUACAAACAAUAAUCUCCUACGCCAUUAUGGGAACAAAGACGACGCCGCUCAAGCUCCAUCACCAGGAAACAAAGACUCAGGAAGUCUUUUGCUAGGCUCAUUCAUGGCUUUGGCUAGUUGUACAUCCUUUGCUAUCUGGCUUAUAAUCCAGGCAAAAAUUAAUCAAAGAUAUCCCUUCCUAUAUUCGAGCACAGCUCUGAUGGCCCUAAUGGGAUCAAUUCAAUCGGUGGUAUUUGCCCUUUGCAUGGAUAGGGAUUGGAAGCAGUGGAAGUUGGGCUGGAACAUUCGACUUCUUGCAAUGUCUUAUUCAGGUAUUUUUAACUCUGGAAUUGCUGUGACUCUAAUGGCAUGGUGCGUUAAGAAGGGAGGUCCUGUUUUUGUUGCAGCUUUUCAGCCUCUUUUGCUUGUGAUGGUUGCAGUUGCUGGGUCUCUGCUUCUGGAUGAGAAGUUGAAUUUUGGAAGUGUACUAGGUGGAUUGCUGAUUGUGAGUGGACUAUACAUGGUACUAUGGGGUAAGAGUCAGGAUAUGAACAACCAGAUAAGUCCAAUAACGACGCCAGGAAGACUCCAAAGCCAAGAACAACACCAAUCUCCUUCUAUUGAGGUCAUUACAUCAACUUCCAUGGAGGACGUGAACCACAACACUGAAACAAAUGCGACAAAUAAUUGA